AAGCUUUAACCAUUAAACAUGAAACUUGCAGUUAUUUUCUUAAUUCUUGUUGCCUCUCACUGUUGCGUGGGUGUAGAUAUUUAUUGUGAUUUCAUCGGAUAUGAUUGGAAUAAUUGGGGACAGAAGUACAUUUGUUCAGCAAAGCUUGAAGAAAAUGUGUUAAGAAGUAGUUUGUCGAAAGUUACUGUGUUGACACAAGUGCCAAACGUGUCACCCAUGAAGAAACUUAAAAGUCUUUAUUUGUUUGAAAAUAGUAUUGAAACCUUGACCAAGGAAGAUCUUUCAGAAAACUUGGAACUUGAAGUGAUUUGGCUUUAUCAUAAUAAAUUGAAAUACAUUGAAGCUUCAGCAUUUGAGCAGUUACCUAAGUUGAGAGUUGUUGAUUUGACACACAAUAGAUGCAUCGAUAUGAAAAGAAAUCAAUACGACCAAUUGCCGUUUUAUAACGCAAUUAAUGACAAAUGUUCUGAACGACCAGUUGAAGAGAAUGAAAUUGAAACUUUAGCCAGAUCAGAAUUCACACUUUUGAUUGCUGCAAUUGCUGCAAUUUUGGGAUUGGACGCAAUUUUCACUUGUGAAAGCAUCGAUUGGGAUUAUUGGAGUCAAUGGUCGCAAACGAUUCCAAUGCAUUUUGGUUCCUUUUAGUUCCUUUAAUCAAAAGAACAGACGAGAGACAAGCUUGAAGUUGAAAGGAUGAGUCAUAAAAACAUUUGGAAUUUUUAUUUGAUUAAAUAAAAAAAAUUUAUUUGUAUUUUAUAUUCACAAAAAGUAUUUCAAUUCUCGCUCAACAUAUCAGGAUAUUUAUCUCUCAUUUGUUUUUUGAUGUUUGGUUUACAAAGAUCAAUUGCUGUUUGCUUAGCGCGAUUGAGGAUUUUCGGAUCGGCGCCACUUUCAAAAAGAAGAAAAGCGACUUCCGACUGCUCGUCUUCUAAUGCUAGAUGAAAUGGUGUGUUGCCUUCACGAUUUUGUACGUUUACUUUUGCACCGUUUUCUAUGAGAAUUUUAGCAACUCCAGUGCGACCGAGAGUUGCUGCACGAUGCAAAGGAGAGUCUUGCCGAUCAUCCAGAACAUUCACAUCAGCACCGUUCUUUAUUAAAAGUUCCAAUAUAUUUUUGUAGCCCUUGGAAGCAGCAUAUUGAACAGAAGAAUGUCCUCCUUGUUUCUUAUGAUUUACAUCAGCUCCUUUAGAAAUAAAUAACUGAGCUAAUCCGAAAUGACCGCCAAGAAC